AUGACGUGCAGAAGGGACAUUCAGCUUUUUACUACUCGCGGCUCAAAUGACAAUCGUCUGCUGCUUCUCCGCACCUGCGCAGAACAUCGCCUUAUCCUAAAGAACACCUUCUUCUGUCUGCCGGAGCGAGAGAAGGCCACCGGGAGGCAUCCUCGGUCGCGCCAGUGGCACCUGCUGGACUACGUCCUCGUCCGGAGGCGAGAUCAGCGGGACGUGCUGGUGAUGAAGGCGAUCGCGGGUGCUCACGGGUGGAUCGACCAUCGCCUCGUCAUCUCGAAGAUGCGUAUUCGCCUACAGCCUCGCAGGAGACCACAUGGUAAACGACCCCAGGUAAAGUGAAUGUUGCCUUGUUGUCUUUGCCCGCUCACCAUCUUCAUUUCAUCAAUGAGAUAGCUCAAAGGCUAGACAACCUUCCUAUCGCUGCUGCCGACGACGCUGCCGCCGCCGAGAACGCCUCCGUGGAGAACCGCUGGUGUCAACUGCGAGACACGGUCCAGUCGACGGCGCUCGCCGUCCUUGGUCGUGCUCCCCGACAACACCAGGACUGGUUCGACGACAACGACGCCGCCAUCAGAAAUCUGCUUGCUGGGAAGAACCGCCUACACAAAGCCUUCGUAGAUCACCCCACUGAUGCCACCAAAGCUGCCUUCUACCGCAGUCGCCGCCAACUGCAGCAACGAUUGCGCGAGAUGCAGGGCGCCUGGACUGCUCGCAAAGCUGAGGAUAUCCAAGGGUACGCGGACCGCAAAGAAUGGAAGAACUUCUUCUCUGCGAUAAAGACUGUCUACGGUCCGCCGACGAAGGACACUGCCCCUCUCCUCCGCGCCGACGGCAACACUCUCCUGACUGAGAAGACACAAAUUCUACAGAGAUGGGCCGAGCAUUUCCGAGGCGUCCUCAACCGCCCCUCCGUCAUCUCCGACGCCGCCAUCGAGCGUUUGCCGCAAGUGGAGACAAACGUGGACCUCGACCUCCCUCCAUCUCUCCAGGAGACCAUCAGGGCCGUGCAGCAGCUCUCCAGCUGGAAAGCGCCCGGAUCGAACGCAAUCCCUGCUGAGGUCUACAAGCAUGGAGGUCCCCAACUGAUGGAUCACCUGACUGAGCUCUUCCAAGAGAUGUGGCGUCAAGGUGAAGUCCCACAAGAUUUCAAAGACGCAACCAUCGUGCAUCUCUACAAGCGCAAAGGGAAUCGCCAAGUCUGCGACAAUCACCGCGGCAUCUCCCUGCUGAACAUCGCCGGGAAGAUCUUCGCUCGCAUCCUUCUCAACCGCCUCAAUAACCACCUGGAACAGGGCCUUCUGCCGGAAAUCCAAUGCGGCUUCCGUCGUCAUCGUGGGACAACGGAUAUGAUCUUCGCCGCCCGCCAACUUCAGGAGAAGUGCCAGGAGAUGCGGACCCACCUGUACUCUACCUUCGUGGACCUGACGAAAGCCUUCGACACGGUGAAUUGUGAAGGACUGUGGAAGAUCAUGCAGAAAUUCGGCUGUCCGGAGCGAUUCACUCAGAUGGUGUGUCAGCUGCACGACGGUAUAAUGGCGCGAGUCACGGACAACGGAGCUGUCUCAGAGGCAUUCGCAUUGACCAACGGAGUGAAACAGGGAUGCGUGCUGGCACCAACCCUCUUCAGUCUUAUGUUCUCUGCCAUGCUAAUGGACGCCUACCGCGACGAACGCCCCGGGAUCCGCAUCGCCUACAGGACGGACGGUCACCUCCUGAAUCAACGGCGGAUGCACUUCCAAUCGCGCGUAUCCACAACCACCGUGCACGAACUCCUCUUCGCCGACGACUGCGCCCUGAACACCACCUCGGAAGAGCAGAUGCAACGGAGCAUGGACCUGUUCUCCGCCGCCUGCGAGAACUUCGGUCUGGUCAUCAACACACAGAAGACGGUGGUGAUGCACCAACCGCCACCCAAAUCAGCCACAGCCCCCAACGCGCCGCCGCAAAUCAGCGUGAAUGGGACCCAACUGCAAGUGGUGGAGAACUUCCCGUACCUGGGCAGUACCCUCUCGCGCAACACCAAGAUCGAUGACGAAGUCGCCAAAAGGAUCUCGAAAGCUAGUCAAGCCUUCGGUCGCCUCCAAAGCACAGUUUGGAAUCGCCACGGUCUUCAGCUGAGCACGAAGCUGAAGAUGUACAAGGCCGUCAUCCUGCCGACACUACUGUAUGAAGCGGAGACUUUGACGGUGUACGCAAAGCAGGCACGUCGUCUGAACCACUUCCACCUCAGUUGUCUUCGUCACAUCCUGAAGCUAAAGUGGCAGGAUCGAAUCCCCGACAAUGAGGCAAAUGCAGCUGCGCUGGAGCGGCCACCUGGUGCGCAUGGACGACGAGCGACUACCCAAACGACUCAUCUACGGAGACGUCGCGACGGGUUCUCGUCGUCAAGGAGGCCAAAUUCGCCGUUACAAGGAUACCCUGAAGUCCUCCCUGAAAUACCUGCAAAUCAACCCCACCAACUGGGAGGAGCUCGCUUUCGAUCGACCGACAUGGAGGAGCACAGUGAAGACAGGCGUUGCGAUCUACGAAACCAACCGCAUCGCCGCCGCCAAAUCGAAACGCGAAGCUCGCAAAUCACAAAUUCGCCCAGUAAGCAACACCGCCGCACAACCGCUUCCAACGUGUCCUCGAUUUCAACGGACAUUCCGGGCUCGAAUCGGACUUGUUGGACAUCUUCGGAUCAACUGCGCCUCUCGAACGGCACCAACCAUCGUCCCCCCGUCCGCCUCUUCCUCCUCCUCUCCGCCGCCAACUAACCUUGACAAUUCUUCUGACCCACCACUUCCAUCAUCAUCAUCAUCAUCAUCAUCAUCAUCAUCAUCAUCAUCAUCAUCAUCAUCAUCAUCAUCAUCAUCAUCAUCAUCAUCAUCAUCAUCAUCAUCAUCAUCAUCAUCAUCAUCAUCAUCAUCAUCAUCCUCGCCCACUGCUCCAACGGCGGCCGCUCAGGUGACUGUCCCGCGCACAGCAACCGACACUACCACCACCUCGCCCGACUCCCGGGAUGAGAAUCACGACUACACCUGCCCUCAUUGCGACCGUACCUUCAACACACACAUCGGCCUGGUCGGUCACUUGCGAAUCCAUCGACCAGAUCCUGGCAAACCAGUGCGUGAAGCACCAACCUACACUCACCGCACUCGCCUCCACUGCCCACACUGCCCUCGCACCUUCAGGCAUCGCAUGGAUCUAUUCGGCCACAUGCGCAUCCACGAGAGCGGCCUUGACCGUACUCCCGACACACCCACCACAUCCACCGUGCACAGCCCCACCCUCGUUACAUCCGUCCGCGUCACCACCAUCACCAACACCACCGCCUCCUCUGCAGCUUACACUGACAACGCCGACUUCUCCUGCCCACACUGUCCACGCACAUUCACCUCACGCAUCGACCUGGUCGGUCACUUGCGAAUCCAUCGCACAGAGACUGGUAAACCAGUGCCUGGAGCACCAAACUAUACCCACCAAACUUAUCUCAACUGCCCACACUGCCCUCGCACUUUCAGCCAUCGCAUGGGCCUAUUCGGCCACACCACACAUUCACUCACUCCCUACCUCCUCCACCACCACCACCACCACCACCACCACCACCCCACCAGAAAUCAACACUCACACACCUCAUGCACCCAUCUGCCACCUCCCACGCAAGUGGGAAGUCCGCGUCUCGACUCGGUCCCCAUGCGGCUUCGGCUGCACGGGUGACUUGAGUCCGAGACUAUCCCGAUACGUCAAGCGUUGUGGAUAG